AUGGUACGUUUUCGCUUUUCUCCAUUUGCCAAUCGUUUACUUCCGGUAUCAGAGACCGCACUACCAGAGGUUGGAUUGUCACAAGGGGUUAGUGUGCCAAGUAAAAUACUUCGAGAAUGUGAUGUAGCCAAUGUAAAGUGGAGUAUCGGUCUAAGCAGUCAAGAGUGUCAACAGGUUGGCUCACUGCAUACAAGUAUUAAGGCUUCUGUUGUUCCUGAAAUAACCGUAGGUGGAGGAGCUACUGGCAGUGGAAUUUCUGGGAAGAAACCACCUCCUGUUCUUGAAUGGAAUCCGCUUGUUCAUACCGAAUGGCAACUAGGCGUAGGAGGACGUCUGUUGCCAAAACUACCGGAAGGAACGAAAGUAGGUAAGCUUGUGAUGGGCAAAUAUGGUCUCUACAAACCAGGAUUGCAUGAAAUAUCCCAGCAAUUCUUUAUUAACACCGAGUUGAAAGGUAUGGCACCCGAAAAUGCGCUACCUUUGUCUGCUCUCCUUAGCAAGAUAGCUAAAAUACUCGCAAUAAUACCACUAAUGUCCGUCCUUCUCAGUAUUCCGACAUUACUUGCACAGAAGCCAGUGGGUAUUUAUGCUGGAUACGUCCCGCCAGGUCGAAAGUAA